AGUUCAGCUUUCUCAUAUCAACAACCACCAAUAACCCCAUACAUAUAGUAUAUAGAACUAGUUGAAGAGCAUUAGAGAGAGCACAAGAGAGAGUGGAUUUGUAGCUUAGUAGAGCCACCACACCUUUGAAUUGAGCAGCCAUGGCAUCCACUGAUCCAGAAUAUGGCACAAAACCCCAGCCUAAUCCACCAACUGCAGGCGAAAACAAGUGGAAAUAUUUAAAGGUUCCUCUGAGCUCACUGGACGCGGGACUUAGGGUGUUGUUGUUUGCAGCCUGUGUAACAAGUGUUGUGGUUAUGGUCACCAGCAAACAGACUAUUCAUCAAGGUCCUGUGUCUAAGGAGGCCAAGUUUAAUCACUCUCCUGCUUUGAUAUACUUUGUAGCGGCAUUAUCAGUUGCUGGCCUUUACAGUAUCAUCACUACACUAGCAUCAAUCUCCAUCAUCAUGAAGCCAGCAUUCUCAAGCAAGUUCAUACUCCAUUUUGCAUUCUGGGAUGUGCUUAUAUUUGGGGUGGUCGCCUCAGCAACAGGCACCGCUGGUGCUGUUGGAUAUGUCGGGUUAAAGGGAAAUAAACAUGUCCCAUGGCAGAAGGUUUGCAAUGUUUUCGACAAGUACUGUCGACAUAUUGCAGGCUCGCUUGCAGUUUCAUUGUUCGCGUCCGUUGUGCUAGUCUUGCUCAUCUGGCUCUCUGCUUUCACCCUUCACAAAAAAAUCCCCAAGUAGAGCUUCUUAAAACACCAUAGAUGCAUUAAAUUUGUGUGUUGCUAUAUCAAAUGAUAUACAGUGUCUGAUUUUGUCUACAUCUUAUGGUUCUUAAUUUGUCAUUGUAAAUGUUGUUCAUUUGUGCAGUCCGUGGUUGUCCUUUUGAUUUGUCUUUGUACCAUUUGUUAUUUAUGGGGUAAUGUAAUUGAACGUGAUUGAACGAUUGUAAAAAUGUUAAACUGUUUCCAA